AUGUUUCAACGACUGAUCAACACUAUUUUCAGACCACUGAUGCUAUUGAAGAUCGUGACACCGUACUUGGAUGACUUGCCAAUCCCAGAAGAGAAUGGUCUUCUGAUCAAUUGGAGAAAGAGCAAAAUUUUGGUGGAUCGAGUAACAUUUCUCGGAUUCAUCGUAACGAAUGGGGAAAUCCGACCGUCUGACGAGAAAGUGGUAGCAGUGCGGAAAUUUCCAAUUCCGAAAAAUGUUCAGCAAGUGCAAAGUUUCUUGGGAUUAACUGGAUUCUUCAGAAAAUUCAUCUACAAGUAUGCAAUCAUCACAAGGCCGUUAACAGAACUGACGAAGAAAGAUGUUAAAUUCGAGAUAGGCGAAAGUCAGUUGAAGGCGAUUGAAGAGUUGAAGACAGCGUUGUGUAACGAACCAGUUUUGAAGAUGAUUUGGCGUGAAAUUUUUGGCAAUCCGUACAGAAUCAUUGCGGAUAAGGCUGGAGCGUUUCAGUCAAACGAGUUACAAGUUUAUUGUGAGAACAAUAACAUCGUCAGACACUUGAUAACCACCGGAGUUUCGAGAGGCAAUGGUCAAGUGGAAAGGUUGAACCGAGUCAUAAUCAAAAUAUUAUCGAGGAUGUCAGUAGAAGAUCCCAAACAGUGGUACAAGUUUGUCUCCCGUUUACAGACCACAAUCAAUUCAACCGUAACUCGAAGCACUGGAUUGACACCAUUUGAACUGUUGGUGGGAGUAAAGAUGCGAACCCGUGGCGACAUGGAAUUAGCUAAUCAGCUGGAAGAAGCUCUGCUUCAUGAUUUCGACGAAAAAAGACAAGAACAAAGGCAACUAGCUAGAGCAAACAUCGCCAAGUUGCAGAAGGAAAAUGUAAAGUCUUACAAUCGAAAGCGAAAACCGGCCAUGAAGUACAACGUUGGAGAUCUGGUUGCAAUUCAACGGACGCAAUUUGGUGUUUGAUUAAAUUUGUGUCCGUUUCUGGGUCCAUACAAAGUUACGAAUAUUAAGCGGAACGAUCGAUAUGGGGUGGAAAAAGUUGGGCAACACGAAGGCCCAAAUGUUACAUCAACGGCAGCCGAUUUCAUGAAACCAUGGGCCAAUUGGGAAGAAGAUUCAAGCUCGUCUGAGGCAGACGAGUAAGCAGAACGGCCGUGUGGUAUUGGUCAAGAGUGAAUAAGUAACUUCAGUUAUCAGAUAGAUACUUUGUCUAUCUCUUUCUUUUUCAUUAGCAUUUUUGAGAACGUUUCAGUGUAGAGUUAGUCGAUAAGAAGUAUUGUUACGAUUAACAUCUUUUGUAUUUUUUGCAAAUCUACCUUGAACAUUAAAAUUAAUUUAAUUAUUUCA